UAUGUGUAAACAUGUACUCAAUGCUUAAGUUGCCAUAAGAGCUCCCUGUUGUAAAAAGUAAACAUUCCAAUUUAUUAAUUAAUAAGAUGGUAUGAUUGUGCAGAAUGUCAUUAAGAAUUAGAAGAUCAUCCACUUUUAAAAUCAAUUGAAAUGAUUUUUGCUUGUAAAAAAUGCAAAAAGGUUUUUCGAAAAGACAUCACAGAUUAUGAUGAAUCUGAUGAAUAUUGUCCACAGUAAAUCAUAUCAUUAUUAUAUUUAAGUUGUGAUAACCAUUAUGUUAUCAAAGCAGUCACUUAAGAAUCCAAAGAAAUUUAAAAGUUUGAGAACUUAGUUAAGGAAGUCAAAUAAUGA